GGGGACGUUUGGAUGGACCGGCUGUCUUCCUGGAUGUCUUCUCAGCUGGAAAACAGUUAGCGCGUAUCUUCAGGUUAAAGGCACACCCACGGGAAGUGCUGCGAUUAUGUCACGGCACUGGACAGGCUGAGGUCACGAGGUCACGCUGCCAUCAUGGAUCCAGAGGAAAGCGGCGCCUGCUGGCUCUCCUUUGCCCACCAGAACCUGUCAGAGAUCCCGUCCGAGAGGAUCCUGAUGCACGGGCGCACACUGCAGCUGCUGGACCUGAGCCACAACCUGCUGGAUGAGUAUCCUUCAAACCUUGUGGACACGCAGACCGAGACCAUGCCCUCCCAGCUGUUCUCCUUCAUUCAGGUUUACUGGAACCCGGUUCUCCUUGGUUCACUGGAAAAGCUCAGCACUCUGGUUCUGGACUCCAACAGCUACACAUCUCACGUGAAGUUUCCCUACAUGCCAAGCAUCACCGCUUUGUCCGUCAACAAGAACCGGAUCACCAAUCUGCCUGUUUUUGUGCAGGAGGUCCAACAGAGGUUCCCCAACAUCAAGAUCCUCAGCAUGAUGAACAAUGAAGCAGCACCGAGUUAUUUCAACGGGGGAACGCUGACUCAGCAUAAAGACUACAGACAGUAUGUCAUCAGUCAAAUCCCUGGCCUGCAGAUCCUGGAUGACACCGAGGUCCUGGAAGAGGAGUGGGUCAAAGCCAGAAAGACCUACCGGCUGCACCGACACAGUCGAAAGAAGACGGAGGCAUCAUCGGCAAAGAAAGGCACAAAGUCGAGUCAUGUGGCAGUGAAGCACAAUGCACCCAGAUCCAGGGCUGAAGACUGAAGCGUUCUGAUCUGGACCCUGGCCCAUGUCUUCAGACUAAUGUGUUCCACGGCUUUUACAGCUUUGCUGUUUGUGCAAGUUUUGUCGUUUUCUUGUUGAUUCCAGCAGUGUUUGCCACAAGAAUACCCAUGUUGGUGCAGGACACGGCUGUGCCCGCUGCCACAAGGAGGCACCGUAGUGAAACGAUAGCCCGUGGCAGACGUUCUGUCAAUUUCACAAAUGUUGCUCGUCUGAGGGUUAUGUUUAUUUUAUUUCUUUGUGUGUGCAGUUGCCACCCGUCGACAGAAUGUGAAGAGAAGAUCUUAGGGCCCUGUCCCACUGGCGUUUAGGAGGAUUUGCGUAUGGAUUGUGCACAAAAUCGGCCCAUAUUCGCCAAACAUCCGCAAUA